UGCCUCUUGUGAGGCUGAAAGAGGAGGAGGAGGCAUCGUUUGAGCAGAGCUCUGCAGUUCCUUCCACUUUCUUCGGGGUGUCCCCACCCCCUCUGCUUCCUUUCCUCGUUCUGUCCCUGCAGCUGAGGGACCAGAGCAUCAGGUUUGACUGGUGGAAAGGAGGUGGCAGGGCCAUGAUCCCAGAGGACAUUCAGAGACUCCUUGCAGAUGCUGAGUGCUUCCUGGUGGAUGGACUGCAGAAUGAAAACUUGAGCCCUAAAGCAAGGGAGCAGAGGAACACGAUUCUCUUUGGCUUCCAGCAAGCCAAAGCCAGGUACCACUUGGAGUUUCUGCCCCGAGGAGAGACUCAGCACGAUGCUGGCUUUGGGCAGGACAGUUCAGAUGACAAUCAGAGCUGGAGUCUGGCCCCUUCUGUGACAUCUGAUGUCCCAAUGCCAUCGGACCUGCAGGAUGAUGGAAUGGAGGACAUCACAUUGAGGCCUGUUGAAGAUACAGGGAACAUUCUGAAGCAAGGAUAUCUGGAGAAGAGAUCCAGAGACCACAGCUUUUUUGGGUCGGAGUGGCAGAAGAGGUGGUGUGUCCUCAACAGAAAGACCUUUUACUACUAUGCCAAUGAGAAAAGCAAGCAGCCUAAAGGCACCUUCUCCAUUGAGCACUAUAGUGCCCGGCUGGCUUUCCAUCUCCGCAAAGACUCACGUAGAAGAUGCUGUUUUGAAUUAGUCUGCCCUGGGAAACGCACCUACGAGUUCACAGCCCCGAGUCCAGCAGAGGCCGAAGAUUGGGUGGAUCAGAUCCAGUUCCUCCUGAAGGAUCUGAGUUCCCUCACUAUCCCAUACGAUGAAGAGGAGGAAGAGCUCUACAAUGACGUGGGCAGUUCUGACUCCAUGACCACGGCAUCUCAUAACACUACCCUGAAUCAAGAUGAUGGGAUGGAAGAAGACGACAUCUACGAGGUUUUUCCAGAGAAGGACCCUGAUGUUCCCGAGGACAGUGAGGAUGAUGGCAGAGGAUGGCACCGCGGAAGCUCCCGGAGGGAUUAUGGCAAUUACUACCAGGGCAUAUGGGACUGCAGCAGUGAGCACCCCAAUGAGCUUUCCUUCCAUCGUGGAGACCUAAUAUACAUCCUGAGCAAGGAGUACAACAUGUACGGCUGGUGGGUCGGGGAGCUCAAUAGCACCGUCGGGAUCGUCCCUAAGGAUUACCUGGCUGCUGCCUAUGACCUGGAGGAGCUGUGAGGAUGGUGGUGCCCAGGUGCUCACCUCUCGCCUUUCCCACCCUGCGAUGCCACAAAGGACUCGUUCCCAGCCUUGAGAACCCGUUACAAGAAGAGCCCUGUGUGCCACCACCCUCUACCCAGGACCCUGCACAGCCCUCGGGUACCACCAGCUCCAUCCCCAUCCUGGGUGGGCAACCCGCAAUAAACCCACCCCCCACAAUUUA